AGGACGAAGUCAGGCAGAGCCCGCAGUCCAGCCCCAGCCUUCAGUCAGGCACAGACUCCCCCAGCCCCAUCUCCUGCUCUCCCUUUUGGACGUUUUGGUCGGUGUUGAGGCACAGCAAAUAAGCAGCCAUGGAUGCCAUCAAGAAGAAGAUGCAGAUGCUCAAGCUCGACAAGGAGAAUGCCUUGGACAGAGCUGAGCAGGCCGAGUCAGACAAGAAAGCAGCGGAGGACAGAAGCAAACAGUUAGAGGAAGAAAUGAGAGAAUUGGAAAAGAAAUUGCGUGUUACAGAGGACGAAAGAGAUAAAGUUUUUGAGGAGUUCCAAACUGCUGAGGAAAAACUGUUGACUGCUGAAGAGACCGCUACCAAGGCUGAGGGAGAUGUCGCUUCCCUUAACAGACGUAUCCAGCUGGUUGAGGAGGAGUUGGAUCGUGCUCAGGAGCGUCUGGCCACAGCCCUGCAGAAGCUGGAGGAGGCUGAGAAGGCUGCAGAUGAGAGCGAGAGAGGCAUGAAGGUCAUUGAGAACAGGGCCAUGAAGGAUGAGGAGAAGAUGGAGAUCCAGGAGAUCCAGCUGAAAGAGGCCAAACACAUUGCUGAGGAGGCAGAUCGCAAAUAUGAGGAGGUUGCACGUAAACUGGUCAUCAUUGAGGGUGACCUGGAACGUACAGAGGAGCGCGCUGAGCUGUCAGAAAGCAAAUGCUCUGAACUUGAGGAAGAGUUGAAAACUGUGACCAACAACCUGAAGUCACUGGAGGCCCAGGCAGAGAAGUACUCACAGAAGGAAGACAAGUAUGAGGAGGAGAUCAAGGUCCUCACCGACAAGCUGAAGGAGGCUGAGACUCGUGCUGAGUUCGCUGAGAGAUCUGUAGCCAAGCUUGAGAAGACCAUUGAUGACUUGGAAGAGAAACUGUCACAAGCUAAAGAAGAAAACCUGAAUAUGCACCAGAUGCUGGACCAGACUCUAAUUGAACUGAAUAACUUGUGAACACACAUCUUUCACCCGUUCCCCUCCACACACCCACACUCACAUGUAGUGGUUUGGCUUUUUGUAUUUGCACCUUGCUUAUCAGAACCCCAUCUUCUUAUUCCUCUCCAAAGCUGGUGAAGAAAAUAGCCAGUUUCUAUUUUUAUUGCACAGUCCUGCCUUCAGCGGAACUCAACCCGGGGGCUGAGCUAAGGAGAGUUAAAGCAUAGCCAGAUCCCUUUUUAUCAAUAAAACAAAAAUAAUUUUUUCCUCUGCCUUUUUCAGUCAAUGAAGUUUGUAGAAUUUUUUUUGUUUGUUUUGUUGUUUUUUUUAGGUUUUUGACAUUUCACCUGGUGUCAUGGUAUGCAAAAUUUGUAAUAGAGACUGUUUUCUACAUCUGCAAUAAAGCUGAUCUUAAGCACAGACCAAGGAUGAAGUGCAAAUGUUUUGCUCUUAGUCAAACUUGAUAUUUUCCAUAAAGGAUUUUUUUAUUUGGUUUGUUUUCACCCAAGUAUAACUGUACACAGGCUUUGCCUAUCUAUGUAUACUGGUGCUACUGUAUUGUUGGUUCCAUUGUGCAUUACAGUAUUUGGAAAUUUAAUGUUCUUUAUGGUUUAAAUUCUUGAAACAAUUUCAGUCAUUUGGCUGUGCAUCAUUUUAGUUUUAUUUUAAAAUUAGAAGUUUUACAUGUGCAGCAUAUCUGUAAUGUAUAAAUUGAUUAUAAAUAAAACCACGUUUUGAAAGUUUUCCAACAA